UUCACUUGUGUGUUUUGCAGGACUCGUACAGAAAGCAGGUUGUCAUUGAUGGAGAGACGUGCUUGUUAGACAUUCUGGACACCGCGGGGCAGGAGGAGUACAGUGCCAUGCGGGACCAGUACAUGAGAACUGGGGAAGGAUUCCUCUGUGUCUUUGCCAUUAACAACAGUAAAUCGUUUGCUGACAUUAACCUUUACAGAGAACAGAUCAAGAGAGUGAAAGAUUCAGAUGACGUGCCCAUGGUGUUGGUUGGGAAUAAGUGUGAUUUGCCCACAAGAACAGUAGACACAAAACAGGCUCAAGAAUUAGCAAAAAGCUAUGGAAUCCCCUUCAUAGAGACAUCUGCUAAAACAAGACAGGGUGUGGAAGAUGCUUUUUACACACUGGUGAGAGAGAUCCGGCAGUACCGGAUGAAAAAGCUCAACAGCAAUGAAGAUGGGAAUCAAGGCUGUAUGGGAUUGUCUUGCGUUGUGAUGUGAUAAGAUGCCAAGAAUACGUGGUUCAGAUGUAGCUGCUGGACGAGUCUCGAUGCUACUGUAUUGCAUCUCAUGCUGAUGCCCUGCAGUAUUUUUGUGCCAGUGACCAGAAUCUUGGUACCAGUUAAUUAGCACAAAGACCUUUUCUGUGCUCCAUCUGAAGAGAACACCUAUGGCGUCUACCUCCUUGCUCAGCGAACGGAGCGGUCACAUCUCUUGAUGUACUGGGAUUCUUUUCUCACUGUGUUAUCUAGGUUUGUUCAAGAAGAAUACCAGUCACAAGAAAAGUGACUAUAGAGACUAAAUGCUGUGAAAAAGAUGACACUUUACCUCUAGAGUAAAAGCUAGAAGCGAUGUUUAUCCCCUUUCUAUUGGAUUCUGAUUUGCAGUGCUGUCAGAGGAGUGGCA